GCCGCUUGACGUCACUGUCAGGCGCCGGGAGGCCCGUUUCCAGAACUUCGGAGGGCUUACCAGGCGCGAAAAUGGCUAUGGCUAGCGAUUUUUACCUGCGCUACUACGUAGGGCACAAGGGCAAGUUUGGGCACGAGUUCCUGGAGUUCGAGUUUCGACCAGACGGAAAGCUUAGAUAUGCCAACAACAGCAAUUACAAAAAUGAUGUUAUGAUCAGAAAAGAGGCUUAUGUACACAAGAGUGUAAUGGAAGAACUGAAGAGAAUUAUUGACGACAGUGAAAUUACCAAAGAAGAUGAUGCUUUAUGGCCUCCCCCUGACAGGGUUGGCCGACAGGAGCUUGAAAUUGUAAUUGGAGAUGAACACAUUUCUUUUACCACAUCAAAAAUUGGUUCUCUUAUUGAUGUAAAUCAGUCAAAGGACCCUGAAGGCCUGCGAGUAUUUUAUUAUUUGGUACAGGACCUGAAAUGUUUAGUUUUCAGUCUUAUUGGAUUACACUUCAAGAUUAAACCAAUCUGAGUAUAUGUUUUUGAGCUGUUUGUAUAUUUAAUUAAGGGAUGGGUAAGGGCGGGUUUAUUUUUCAUUUACACAUUGGGAUUUUUAUGAAUGCGAAGCAAAUUUGUAUACAAACUGAACAUAGAAAAAUACAUAGAAAGGGUUUGAGUGGGUUGGACAGUCUUUCAGACACUAAAUUCUGUAAAUAAAAGCUACUCGUCAUUGACAUUUUGUUCUAAUAAAAGAUAUCAAAGCUUG